CAAGUCCUUGUUGCAUAUGAUGAUGCCGCCAACCUGCGCUACGAUUCCGCCUAUGAUCUCGAAGACGAAAAUGGUUUUAUAAGCCUGGUGGAGGUAUAUUCCGAAAAGGAGACCAAUCCGCCUCGAUAUUCUCAACGGUCGGAUUCGAGUAACCGCCUUACCAAGCAACUUCUAUAUGUGGAUCAAGGAAGAAAAGAGGGAAUGGAAGAAAUAAACCAGGAAGUUAAGAAUAAACAGAAGACGGAGCGAGAUGACGCCGACAGCUCUCUGAUUAUCCCUGUCUCUAAAACGGCUAUCCCUGGUGUCCGUUAUCGAAAGCGCCACGAAACAGCUGAUCCAAACUUCUCUGGUGUGUCAUCUAUCGCUUCGCCGCCUCCUCCAUUUAGGCGUUCUGAAGAAUCAGGUCUAGCGCCUGAUUCAGAAGACAUGCUGGACGAGCAAAGAGAACCUAUUCUAGGCCAAGAUCCAUGCCAUCCAGGUAGUCCUGUUCUCGCUGCCCAAUCUCCCUUGGUACCAACCCUGGUACCCACCAGGGGGCAUGUCGUCGCGUUAAUAAGCAAGCUCGAGACCGAACUUGAACACCCCCAAUUGUCUGGCCGCCGAUAUUCGAAAAAUGGCAUCCCUCCACCCGAAUCCAGCAUCAAUCAAGAUACACUUUUAAAACCAUCUAUUUCUCCCCCAUCUGUUAUAGACCCUGUCGAGACUUACGUUUCGGUACCCAGUCAACCGCGCCGCAUGCGGGAUUCACUGUCAGCCCGACCGAAUCUCAACGUCUUAACACCUGACGGGAAUACUUAUGAGCCGGCCGGAUCUCAAUCUGAAUCUCUGUUAGCGGUGGGCCCAGGGCUCCCUCCUCCGCGACACCUGCGUAGCAGCCGGUCUUCUGGUCAAGAACUUCGAAUGAGGCAGCCACUUGGGGACUCUAGGGAGUCGGCUAGCAACGUUGACAAAACUGAAGCAUCAGCCACAUUCCGACCUGACAUAGCAAUAUCGACGCCAGCUCUGGAAAGACCGCAUCCUCAGCCGAGAUCCCCUUCACUGAGUGGUAGCCAAAUGAUGUCUGAAUCGCCAGGUUCGAUUUCGCAGACCUCCCGGCCUCAACACCAACAGCGACAUCAACACCCGAAUCUUAUACAGAGACAAGACAGUUCUGGGCAGUCGGCUCAUCGACAGCCUCACGUGGGCCUUACUACCCAAAGCCUUCCUCGGCCACAAGCUGCCUCUCGACGUCACCCUACUGAGGCGAAUUGGCCAGUUUCUACGAAAGCUUCUGAUGCUGGCCCCUACCCUGAAUCUGCGCAACGUGCUCGUAGCUACUCACAAUCAGAGAGACAGGAAAACACUGGUAUUUAUUAA